AUGGCGUGCUCAGGUUACCAACCCGACAACACUUUCUUCGUCGAGUCGGACGAGUCCAACCAGCACAUGUCGAUGCGUGAUGCUGCCAAGAUGCUUGCCCGGAACAAGCAGGAGAUGAUCGCCAACGAGCUCUCAAGGCUGGCCUGUGACGAGUAUCUGGAGGACAUCAUGCAGCACAUGCGCCAUAUGGAGGACGAGACAUUGCCCGAUGCCAAUCUGAUUGACAUGCAGCGCGAGAUCCAGUGGUUUAUGCGGCCGUACCUGAUUGACUUCCUGAUCGAGGCUCACUCCGCCUUCUCUCUCCUGCCCGAGACCCUCUUUCUCACCGUCAACCUCCUCGACCGGUACUGCUCGAAGCGGGUGGUGUAUAAGCAGCACUACCAGCUGGUCGGAUGCGCUGCCCUCCUCAUCGCUGCCAAGUACGGAGACAAGAAGGACAGAGUGCCUCAGAUCAACGAACUGAACAACAUGUGCUGCGGACUCUACGACGCCGGCAUGUUUACCCAGAUGGAGAUGCACGUUCUCAACACGUUGGACUGGAACAUUGGCCACCCCACCGUUGACUUCUUCACACAAUUGGUUGCGGCCGAGGAGCGGGACAGUCGGGAAGUGGAGCACAUGGCGGCGUACAUCUGCGAGAUUGCCCUCUACCACCGGGACUUUGUGUCGACGAAGCCUUCGGUCAUGGCAAGGGCGUCCCUCGCCCUCGGUCGUGCGAUAUUGGGCAAGCCUGAGGUCAACGACGGCGAGUGGGACCACUCUGACAAUGUGACGCUCCUUACUCUGUCACAGCACCUCCACCAACCCUCUGUCACCCUGGCGAGGAAGUAUUCCAGCCAGUAUUACUCGAGAGUGUCGGGCAAGCUUGCCGACUUCCUCGCCCAGCAGGCUGCGAUCGCGCGGAGAGGGGCGCCGCCAUCACCGCCGUCAGAACCCAUCCUGUCCAACAAGGCAACGGAUGUGUACAGCACCCCCCACAAGGGACUCGGUGCCGUACCCGGUGCUGCCGACGGUUACAUGACGCCGCCUAUCACCCCCGAUGGCUCAUGCUUUGGUCAGAACAAUGCUGCGAUCAAGGGUUACCAGGUGCCGCCUCGUUGCCCAGUCACCCCAACCCCUCAGUCAAGCCACGGGCAGUCGUACCAGCAGCCACAUCUCCAGCAACAACAACAACAACAACAACAACAACAUAUGGCGGGGUCAACAUACUUUGGCACCGUAUCUCAUAUGUCGUACUAA